CCUUCGUGUCAUACGGUCAACCAAAUUCCAAUUAAUAAUGUCCCAACAACCGGUGCAAACAAUCCUUGUUCAAUUUUCCUUAUUAUUUUUGCUAUGUAAACUUAUGGGAAUUUAUCCCCAAGAAUUGAGAGUGUAUCAACGCUACCAUGAAUUAAAAAAGUCUUCGGUUGGAACAUUUUUCGUUAUUGUCAUUAUGCUAACGGUAAUCGUGCUUUACAAUUUUAUGAUAAUUUCAUUUUGGGAAGAAGACAGCACUUUGAAGGCUACGCAGAGUACACUUACUUUUGUCAUUGGAAUCUUUUUAACCUACAUUGGCUUAGUGAUGAUGGCAACAGAUCAACUAAGUGCCAUACGAAAUCAAAAAAAACUGGGCGAGCUUUAUGAACGCAUUCGAAAAGUUGAUGAACGGCUGUAUAGGGAGGGGUGCAUUCUCGACAACUCGGUGCUAGAGAAACGCAUUAGAAUCAUGGUCAUCUUGACAUUCGUGUUUGAAUUUUCCAUCGCAAUAUCGGCCUAUAUUGCUAUAUUAGACCACACCAAAUUGACCUCGUUGUUGUGGAUGUUUUCCUGCUUGCCAACCUUAUUCAAUUCUUUGGAUAAAAUAUGGUUUGCAUCCACCUUGUAUGGCCUGCAACAGCGAUUUGAGGUUAUCAAUGAGGCACUCAAUAACAUGGUUAAGGAGCAUGAACGUUAUCAAUCCAUGACAGAAUCGGCGAACAAAGGUGGUGAUCGUAAACGCGAUUUUAUUGUAAAUAAGAAAAAUAUGAUGAAUGAUUUUUUGUCCGAUUUCGGCCACAAGGAUAAAAUCAAAACUAUUAAUAAAUCGCCCAGAGAAUUAGGAGGAUUUACCGACAAGGGUGUUGUCCUGAAAAUUGGCAAGAAUCGCAUUAAGCCCGUGAUGGUGGUGGCCCACUCCCAAAACAAUUUCAAUCAGUUCUCAACCGAGAAGCCAUCUUUGAAAUCUGCCAUAAAAUCUCGUUACGAAAGUGAAUUGAAAAAUGUUUCACAAGUUGAGGAAAAACUGAAUAAUUUCUGUCAAAUUCAUGAUGAGAUAUGUGAAAUAGGUAAAACUCUAAAUGAAUUAUGGAGCUAUGCAAUUUUGGUAUUGAUGGCUUAUGGGUUUCUCAUAUUUACGGCCCAGCUUUAUUUUUUUUAUUGCUCUACGCAAGAUCAGGUUAUACCAUCGUUGUUUUUAUCCGCUAAAAAUGCAUUUAUAACAGCCACAUUUCUCUUUUACACCGCUGGGAAAUGUGUCUAUUUAAUCUACUUGAGCUGGAGAACUUCGUUGGAGUCAAAACGUACUGGAGUUUGUAUGCACAAAUGCGGAGUUGUUGCCGAUGAUAAUAGUCUUUAUGAAAUUAUCAAUCAUUUAUCACUGAAGUUGUUAAAUCAUUCGGUGGAUUUUAGUGCCUGUGGUUUCUUCUCAUUGGACAUGGAAACUUUAUAUGGAGUUGCUGGUGGUAUAACAAGCUAUUUGAUCAUCUUGAUUCAAUUCAAUUUAGCUGCCCAACAGGCGAAGGAUGCUGUGAGCAGUUACAGUGCCAGUGGUACUUCUGAAGUAUCACCAACCGAUAUUACGGAGAAUACAACAUCACUGACAACCUUGAUAACAUCUACAAUGACCACAAUGAUGAUAAGUUCGACAAAACCCUAAAUGUGCUUAAGCAUAUCUUCAACAAGUUAAAUAAUCAAUUAUUUUCAACUACCUGAACCGGGUCCGCUCCGCUGCUCCUUCAUUUACUUUAUAUGGAACAAAAUUAUCCUUAGAAUAUUGAUUUUCGACAAUUAAAAAGCUUUUAGUGAAAUACCAUGCAUAACAAUAUAAAUGCCUUUAUCUGAA